AUGAACAACGUCGUCGAACCUCUGAGCCCUUUCUCUGACCCUAUACGAACCCUCCCGGGAUGUCGUCCCUGCGGCUUAGCUUGGGACAAGUGCAAGCUAGGCCUGCAAAGAAGCGACGAUGAGCUCGUCAUCUCCUUCCAGUUCCCCGAGUUAGCUUGGGUGCGAAGGUUGAGCAUAAAGAAUGGAGAGCUGCAAUGCAACCUUCAGGAGCUCGAGGUCCUGCGUUGGAUAGCCGAAGAUGGUGAUACAACAGAUGCUGGUACUUCUCUUCGGGACUUCGACAUCGUGUACGUUCCACAAAAACAGUAUCCUUGCCUGUUCCCACAUCAGGCUGGUACAACUCAUGACGUCUUGGAGAUCUUGCCUGAUAUGGCCGAGGAGGAGCUACGAGAGGUUGGAGAGGUGGCAAUCCGAAAUUCCACCGUGCUACUAUGCCCAGCACCAUGUUCCUGUUGUACGUCCCCGCUGCAUAGAGGUGUUAGCGAGGAGGUGUUUAAGCUGGCUGCACACCGGCCUGUAAGGCAGAUCUCCUGCGCCAUGCCCGCGCAAGGUAUCAUCGACAUAUUGCCAGUGGCCAUUUGUCAAAAUAGUUCCCUCCAUGGUCAAUGUGUCAUGCUCCAUAAGGGAGAGACAGCGAUCGCCAGGGCACCCACAGAGAUUCGAAAGACCAUGGCGCUAGACACCUUGGCAGGUACCGUCAGAUGGAUACUUGAGAGAGGAAGGAACAAUCCUGGAACAUCCAUUCACCCCUCCUGGAUAAAUGACCUGGCCUGCGUGACCCAGCCGGCGGUGCUCCAGUGUCAGCACAGAAAGGCCACUGCUACUCCUACAAGACUAUAUGACGCCGACGACAGACUCACCAUGACGAGUAUCCCUUCAAAUGACGAACAGCCCUUAAACUAUAUUGCGCUCUCAUAUGUCUGGUCAGAGUGGACAGACAACGAGGCGCUGAAAGAUAAACUCCAGGAGAUCUCUCAGAGACUGGGGAUUCGAUACUUCUGGGUCGACAGAUGGUGCGUACACCAGAACGAUGAGGAAGACAAGGCAAGAGAAAUCCCGCGCAUGCAGGACUACUAUUCAGGAGCCAGUGGUUGCGUAGUCCUAGCAGGACCUGCCGUCGCGCCCUUUAGAUGUGUCCCCCAACACGACGGUGCGGUCAUCAGUGCUUUCCAAGAGGUUAACCUGAACUCGGAGGGAUUGAUAUCACUGAUUCUCUCCAAAUGGGCGUCGAGGAUAUGGACCCUGCAAGAGGCAUUGCUAUCCCGACAGAUGGUCUAUGCAAUCAAGGAUCAACUGAUUGAUGGCGAUUACAUCUCCGAGCUGAUUGCAUUCGUCGAGACAUUUGCCGAGGUGAUUGGUGGCCAUGAAGAGUGGAUAGGUGGCUAUGGGUGCUAUCGCUGGAACGCCAGAGCUCCGUCAGUUGUAUUUCCUCGACAAUUCCGGAUGAUGGAAGAUUCACCGCUGUUUACCAUCAUUCGAACGGUCUUUGGUGGUGAGCAGCAACACAGGGAGCUGAAACAGAUACCGCAUGGAAUUCCUAUGCCUUUUGAAGAAGCCCUGACUAUUUCCGCUGGCAGAGACGCCAGUACACAGGAAGACUAUGUGUACGGCUUGCUUGGAAUAUCCGAGGGUGGAUCAGCCUUAGAGGUUCAAUAUGAUAUUGAGUGGCCGACGAUGAUCACCAAAUUGCAAGGAGCGGGCAUGAUCACAGAGUGGCAGCUCGCCUCGGACACUGUCAGCAAGCUCCCCGGGAUGAGCUGGCUGCCCAGUGUCGAGCAUGGCUACGGUCCCUUCCAAACUCCAGGAAGGGCCAACGCCUAUGUCCGUAGGCCAGCACUCUCAUGGUCUGAGCAAGGAGCCAUUGUCCACGGGGAACGCUUUGAAUGGAUCGAUGUUGACAUGCGGGGCCUAUGCAACAGCAGCGUCCACGGAGGGGGAUGUCACGCUGCCUGCGGUACAAUUCGGUUUCUGGACGUGCCAGGACUUACUGCAAGCGUAACUGGGACCAUGCACGCUAAUUAUUACGAUAUGACAGAGGAGAAGAUGCGGACUGGUACUCAUAUCAUGCUUUGCAGGGACGUUGAGGACCGGACGAGGUCAACUGUCGUGAUGCGAGUUUCAGGGGAUGUUGAGGGCGGAAAUGUCUAUAGGGAGGAUGGAUACGUGCUAGAGAUCUAUCAUUGGCAGGGAGGUCAUCCGGGGAUGUUGAAAGGCCGGGAAUGGAGGGUUGGCAGUGUGCCGUUGUAA